AUGAAAUUUCUGUCAAUUUUCGUUUUUAUUAUUGCCAGAGCAAAGAAAAAUGGAGACGAAAAGGAAAGUCUUGGUCAAAUUGAAGGAGGGCUUCUCUUGUACGCAUUUGGAAAUAUUGAAGAAACCAAGAUAGAAAAACCUCUACCCAAUUCAUCUGGGCCAGAAACAGCUAGUCAUGAUGCUCUCUUCAAAUUUAUGUCUUCAAGACUAACUUGCAUGACUUGCAGUAGCAGAAAUUAUAACGAAUGCUCUUCUGAAGGUUUUGCGCAAGAGUGCCAAGAAAACGAGCAGUCUUGCCAGAUCGAAAUUCGAAAAAGAGGCCCGAAAGUAGAGUCGGUCAAAAUGGGCUGCAAAGCGCUUGAUGCAUGUCUCGCCAAUAAGUCUCAAAACUUCAGAGGAAGAUUCGCCGAACAUCAAUGCAAACCAAGAAAGUGGCAGAAAGCAACAAGCGUUUGCCGACAGUGCUGCGAUUCCGGGAAGAAUUGCUUUGGAGACAACGAGGAAUCCUUCAAAUUGGGUGCAGAAGACGAGAGAAGAGAAAAAUGGGAAAAGGAUUUUACUACUGAGAAAAAUGCCUUUUUAUUUGAGAAAUAA